AUGAUUCAGGUGCAGGACCUCUCUUUGACACGUCGUUUUCAAGACUAUCUCAUCCAUAUGGUCACUCGACGAGUUAGCAACCGGUCAUUGGAUCAAAUGAGCACUCCGGCACACUCGGAUCACGUAGUUGAUCAGUCAUCGAAGUCACAAAUGAACAUUGAGCAAGAAAUCAGGCCCAACGAAUCGAGUGACAGGGAAGUAGAGGAAGACGUUUUGUCCAUGGCCAGCGAAGCCAAUAUCUCGACUAGUGAUAUCUUUUCCCAGCGGUGCACUGUAAUCGCAGCGUCCCCGUCGAAACGCCGUGCAGUUUUGGGGGCCAAAUCAGGCGGUUCGGCACUUGAAGUGGAUUCCAGUUUCAAUGUUGGAUCGGAACGCACCGUUUCCUUCGUGUUUCCCGAACAUUUUCACCACACCCAACAAAGGCCGGUUCCCGAUCCGAUCGCGUUCAUCCACAUUGAUAUGCCUCUUUUUCCUCUCUCGGCAUUUGCUCCGUCCACUAGUCGGCAUUUACCACUACCGCUUCGCUCCACGGAAGAUGACAUUCUGAACUUGGCCCUAUCGGGUGUUCCUAACUGUGCCGUUGAACUUCUUCCAGGUAGCAAACUGCCUACCCCGGACUAUUCAGAUUUCCCUCUUACUGGGCGACAACCCACAAUCCAAACAGCUUCGAAUCAAUUGACAAUUGGAGCAGCCAUGCUCACUUAUUCCUCCCUUUUUGAAGCGAUAAACGAUUGGGAGUGGAUGAAACGGCUUUGUUGGGCGAUCCAGUCAUUGGUCGCAAUAUUUUAUCCGCCUUUCGAGUUUUUGCACUGUCCCAUGGGUGAUCUGUCCUGCUGCGUUGUUUUGUUUAAACGUUUCUUCCGUCUUCAGUCUGUUUUGCGGUCGUCACCGAAACCUUCGACAGACGCCCGUUUGGUUUGUUGCCCUGACCCGGUGCGCACAGAGGAGAACUGCUCCUGUUGCGUGUGUCCUACAAAAGCCACAUUGGAAAAACGAAAUCGAGCUAAACUGGCCGCCCGUUGGGGUCAGCUGGUGGAGAACACGUGCGGAGAGAAUGCAAUUGAACAAGCCUGUGCUGAACACACUCGAGAGGAUCUAAUCUAUCCCGUUUGUUCUGGCUUGACUACGUUAUUGGCACAUGAGGAGCGAGAUAUACGUCGUCAACUGACCGCAUGGCAAACUACUGAUAUACGUGCUAGCGGUCGACAUACGAAACUCUCGCGUGCGCGCUUUCCAAGCAAUUGGCCGUUAGAAUCACCUUGUCGUUGUCGUUGCCCUGAGCGUCACAGGAAACCGGUACCUCCACUAUCCCUAUGGGAAUCGCUGUUCGGUCCAUCACCCUCCAUUCGUGCUGAGCUUCGUCGAUCACCUGUUGCAACCGUAGUGGAACAUUUGGGGCGCGUAUAUCAUCCGGCAAUCAUUACUCUACUGAUGCACGCACGUGAUCGAGAACAUAAUCCAUUAGAUUUCACCCAUCCGGCCAUACAAACGUCCAUCAGCAUAAUCACCACCCCACAGCGAGAAUUUGAUCUAAUUCGUCGUUUACGACAACAGGUUACCGACGAGCCUUUAACGAUGGACUAUCCAGCACAUUUGGCUAUUAGCAUGGGUUCUGACCUUGCCCACGAUCCGACUAUGGCACAUGCUGAACGCACUCACAGUCCAAAGGCACGAUCUGACCGUGGUUCAGUAAAAUUGCUUCGCCGGAAACAAGUUUUAUCCGAGAGUUUUGUGAAAGAUUCCAAUUCUGCGUUAAACGCUUCCGGUCGACGUCCGCAUUCCAUUUGGGCCGGAGAUUCACAGGUCGUGGAGCCGACCACUGCCACUCAGCUGAGUGCAGUACCCCAAAACCAAACACAUACUUCUGGGGCCCAGCAGAAGACGGGAUCGGUGCGUCGGGCGGGCCGGAAGGAUGAAACUGUCUUGAGCGGUGUAGGACCUCAUGGAUCAGUGAAUCAGCAAAUGCUAUUCGGUUGGGAUGACACAAAUGCCCUAAUUGCUGGUUAUUGGUCUGGCAUGGAGACGCCUGGCUACGAUUUGAAUGGCCCAGAUUAUUCCGUCGGUACACCAACGGUCAGUCUCUAUGGGACAGAAGAUGCAGCCACCACGGAGGAUCUGGAUGAUACCGAAGAUAACGUUUCCCUAUCCAGUAUGAAUCAAUGUGAAUAUAUGGAGAAUUUUCUGUCAGCAACCACAUCACAUGAACAAAGUAACAGAACUUUAUUCAUGCCAGAUCGGCCGCAAAAUCUCCCCUUAGCCGUUCCCGAGCUGCUUACAACUUCGGCUACCACUGCAGGCAGUAACGAACAGGGGAGUCUAAUAGACAAUGAAAUCGAUCAUGAAUAUCUACAAUCCUACGGCGCACUUCCGGCAUAUUCCAUCUCUGCUGCCGCCUCGUCCACGGUUCUUGCCUCCGGUGCCGCAUCCACCGCUGUCACGCCUGGUUCUAGCGAAAUCCUCCGGCUGCAAACCGGCUCACCUGAACCUUCAUUCGGUAGUCCAGCAAACACAAUGGCCGGGUCUCCUCCCAGGGAUUUCGAGACUCCGGAUCUCCUAGCUGGAAUGCCGAAUAGCAGCGGUCCCCAGAGUCCUUCUACAGGGCCGCUGGAACAACAGGAUGAAGUCAAGCCCAUCGAGACCUUGGUUUCUUUGCACGAACCUGAAACUGAGAGCGCGCAGAAAACUGAUGCGAACGUAAACAGAUUGGAUGCAGACCAAGAACAAGAAAGCACUCUGGAAUCGGUUGUGAUUAUGUGA